ACCCAAAGCAAGACAAGUCAAAAUGUCAACCGGAAAGAACGCGUAGCGUACUACUUGACUUCACUUCUUGUUUAACUCGCAUCGCAUCUUAUAAUCCUCUCAGUUUGAACUUUGGAGUUUGGAGUCUGGAGUUUGGCGUUUGAAGUUUGAGCAGCAGCAGCAGCAGCAGCAGCAGCAGCAGGAGGCACCAGGUGUCUGUCUCGUCGGUCAGUCGUCACGUGUCACCGUAUGCUCAAGGCUUGCCUUUUUCGGAGGUAAAAUGAAUGAAAGACCAAGGCGGUUUUGGUGAUGCUGAGCAUGAGCUUCUACUGUAAUUGCUUGCAGACUACAAGUGGAAUUGCGUAUUAACUCUAACGGUGUACUAGUGAUGGGUUCCGUUCAAAAUACAGUUUACUACUGUUGUGUGUCAAGGGGUAACCGGAUCCUCUACGUGCAUAGUAGCGGAGAUGGUGAAAUUGACAACUUGGCUUCUUUGUGUUUGGAAAAGACUCCUCCUUUUCAUAGGUGGUAUUUUGAGACGGUUGGUAAAAGGACUUAUGGUUUCUUAAUUGAAGAUGCCUAUGUUUAUUUCACAAUUGUUGAUGAUAGUUUGGGGAAUACCGGGGUUCUUCAGUUUUUAGAGCAUUUGAGAGACGAAUUCAAGAAGGUAUCCAGGAAGGGUUCAAGGGGAAGUUUGUCGAGUGUUAUGAGUUCUGUUGGCAUACAAGAACAGCUAGUUCCUGUUAUCCACCGCUUGAUCACCUCCUUGGAGAACGUUUCUCACGGUGGUAGCAAUUGGACAGCUGAAGCUUCUCCAUCACUUCAUGCUGGUCUUUCUCCAUCACCAAGUAGUGCCAAUGGUCAAAUUGAAGUUGCCAAUUCUACAAAAGCCCCUCUCUUGGGGAAGUCCAGCAAGCAAGACAAGAAGAAGGCUAAAGAGCAUGUGAUUGCAAUGAGAGACAUCGAGUUGGAGGAACAUAGGAAAUCUACGGAUAGAGGAGUCAGUAUUGACUCAGCUAAUUCGGGUUCCAAUAACCAAGCUGGAGCAGGUUCUUCAAUUGCAUUACAAAAGGAUUUGGGAUCAAUGAGGAUUAGGUCAGGUUCUCAAAGCAUUCGAAAGAAGUGGUGCCGCCAAGUGCGAAUUGUCCUUGCCGUUGAUGCAGCUGUUUGUGUUAUACUGUUUGUGAUUUGGUUAUGGAUUUGUCAUGGUAUCGAGUGCAUCCGUUGAAUAUGUUGUGAUCGGUGUCUAAAGUGGAGCUUGAGAUCGUGACUGGAGAGGUGGAAAAUCAUGUCAUCAAGAAACAGUUGUCGCAGAGAAGUCUACGGGAGUCGCAUGUUAACCUUCUGAAUGAUGUUUCUGCAUCUAUUUGAUUUGAAGGUACAGAUGGUGGAGGAAUUUGUUAUAUAGUUGGUUCUACAGUUUCUUUGCUUCUUGUGCAUAUGCAGAUUUAGAAAAUUAUAAACUUGUGAGUCAGUAGGGAGCGUUUGGAUGCCUUUAUGCAAUUUCAUAAUAUUCUCUUGUAGUUGCUGCUGGGAUUUUUGGUAGUGCUUUGUGUAUCGUAUCAUCAUCAUCAUCAUGCAAUGAUUGAAGCAUUCUGUUGGAAAGUCGUUUGCUUAACCUUUUUCUUGUUUAA